AUGCAGAGCUUGCUCAGGUCAGUCCUUGGACUGUGCCUCUUGUGGAGCUGCUGCAUAGACUCUAAUCAUGCGGCGCUGCUUUAUCCCACAAAUUCUGAAUAUGGUAUCUUUAUGGCUAUAUCUGUGCCAGUUAGUUUGCCGCAUCGCAAUGUUUUUCUAUCCUACAAUUACGAGUUUAAUUAUUAUCAACCCGAGCAUGUUUAUAAAUUUCCACCAAUUUUGAUGGGGCAAGAUUUUGAGGAUGGUUAUCUGACAUAUCCCACACAUAAUGCUCGGGAAGGUAGAUCGUGUGCGAAUUGUACACUGAGUGCUAAUAGUACGCAAACGCAGAGCAUAGAAACUCGAUCGGACCAGCAUAAAUCAUCAGAGACACUAGCAAAGCACCGAGAAAGACGCCAUUUGCCGAUGAUAUCGCGUAAAACCUUCUAUGCCAUGAUCAGUGAUAAGUUAGAUAGAUCUGGUUAUCCCUCAGAGGCCUGUUUGCUGCGUUUGAUAUGCGAGACGAAUGCCUCAACGCUGGGCGAGAUCAAUGGACUGCUGGGCAACAUUGUGCAUGUUAUAUUUAGCCCCAGCAGCUCCAGGGAUGAGCARYUACCCAAUGCCUACUAUCAAGCCGAGUCCGAUGGACUGCAGCAGCGAUGUGCGAAUUACGAUGACAACUGUCCACACAAUGUAUUGGAUUUGAUCUCGGUGCCCGUCGAGCGACUAAUACAAGAUCUUGUACACAGAAGAAGAAGAAAAUAA